CAUUAAGAGCGUGCGAAGCUUGUGUUAUCGUCAUAUUUCUAAUAGGCAUAGUUAAAUUAAUCUACCAGUGACUGAUGUGUCAUUGGAAAUAUUUCCAAGUUUGACAUUCCCCCACUUUUCAUUGCUUCAGUUACUUGUCAAGCGUCUUAAUAGGUUAUGAAUUACAGUGGAUUAAGGUGGCCUGUCAAUGUAUUUUUCCCAACAUUUAACAACACUGCAUGGAUAUAGCAUAAAAGAUAAUGACAAUGUUGAUACUGAUUGCAUUGGGAAUUUUGUUUCCAAUAACGUACAUUACCCACAUGUUAGCAUCAAAGGCAGAAGCAGUGCUGGAACCUAAUAAAAGUGAGUCAUUCCAUAAAUUGCAGCAGCAGUUUUUUAUCGUCUACUUCCCAGCAGCUUUCUCUGAUUGGUUGCAAGGGCCAUAUACAUACCAGGUUUACAGCAACUACGGUUAUACUGAACCUCAGAUAGCGCUGUUAUAUGUCACUGGGUUCUUCUCCAGCAUGGUCUGUGGUACAGGGGUUGGGAUCCUAGCAGACAAGUUUGGUCGCAAGAGAUUAUGCAUUACAUAUAGUUUCCUUUAUGCCAUCUCGUGCAUCACUAAAGCCUCUCCACUGUAUUCCAUUUUGAUCGUAGGACGUAUUUUAGGUGGAAUCUGCACGUCCAUCCUCUUUUCAACAUUUGAAGCGUGGUACGUUCAUCAGCACAGUCAGAAAUUUCACUUUCCACCUCAGUGGAUCAACAUUACGUUGGCUAAAGCAACGUUCUAUAAUGGUGUUCUUGCAAUUUGUGCCGGUGUCGUGUCAAACAUUGCUGCGGAAUGGGCCGAAUGGGGUCCUGUCUCUCCGUUCAUGAUUGCAGUACCCUUUCUCUUGGUAUCAGCAUUUUUAACAAUGUUCUUGUGGGAGGAAAAUCAUAUCGAACCCACCUGUACCGUUAAUUACAGUUGUGCAGCUCUUAAAGCUAUUUUCAGAACUCAGAAUAAAUCGCUGCUAUGUUUAGGACUCGUUCAAUCAUUGUUUGAAUCCGUGAUGUACACUUUUGUAUUCCUUUGGACACCAGUCCUUGAGCCAUUACGACCUCCACUGGGGAUCAUCUUCUCAUGUUUCAUGCUUUGUAUCAUGAUUGGUUCAUCCAUAUAUUCAUUCCUGAUAGCACGAAAGUACACAGCAGUACAUCUGCUACAUAUGUCAUUUAUCAUUGCUCUUGUUGCGCUCGUUCUAUUGGCUGGAGCAAUGAAAAUGGUUACUCUGUAUCCACAGGAUACUGGAGAAUACACGUUAGUUGCUUUCAUCGCAUUUCUUGUAUAUGAAAUUGCUGUGGGGAUAUAUUUCCCUGCAGUAGGGUAUCUUAGAAGUCAGAUAAUUCCAGAACAGUAUCGAGCAAGUAUUUCAAAUUGGUACCGUGUGCCUAUGAACAUAUUGACAUGUUUAUGUCUUCUGUGGUUAAAGAACAUCGCGCACAUCGGUAAGGAAUUUGCUUUUGAUACGGCGGUCUCUAGUUUUAAAGCAUUUUCCAUGUGUAUCAUUUUACUUUCUGUAGCUGUUAAGUUGUGCAGGCUUCUAAAGCUAGACAAUGAGAAUGCAAAACUGAUUAUGGAAUUUAUAUAGACGUGAGC